CGUCUUCCCAGUUGUCUCGCACGCACUUCCGCCCUCCGCCCGCCGCCUCCACCUACGAGCCCACACCCACACCCACACCCACACCCAGCAGCAACCCGCCCCCGUCUCCACUCCACGAUGGAAUAUAAGCGCCUCACGCGGUGCGGCAUCGACAAUUGCAAGCAAACCCUCUUCUUCCCCGAGAACGGCCGAUGGUUCUGCAAGAACGGGCACAUGCGAGCGGGGGAGCUCGACAUGGCGGCAGACGACGAAGGGUUCGGCCAGGUGGGUGCGCGGGCGGCGCGUGCUCCCGGCGACGAGAAGAAGCGCGUGCUCAAGGUCCUGCGCGGGCGUAAGGGCUUCGAGCUCUACCUGUGCUGUCUCCAGGUGCUGCUGAGGAAGCAGGUGGGAUGGUUGGUACAGAAGCUGGGGGUUCAGGAUGGGGAUGGGGGUGGCGAUGGGAAGAGGCUGGAGGAGGUGGUCAGGGACCUGUGGGCUCUUAGGUUGAGGAUUGUUGCGGAUAUGUUGCCUGAAAGUGUUGCGACACAGUCGUCGCAGCCCGGGAGUCAACGCGCACACUCGCGGUCGCAGUCCGUCGCCGACGACGGCGGAUACUCGUCCAGCUCGAAUUAUCUGUACACCAGCGAUAGCGAUACGAUCGCGAGCACGACGUAUUCCUCGAGGAGGCGGCGCCAGCGCCGCGUUCCGAAGGCGACGGAUCGUCCCAGGCUCAUCGAGUCGCUGGCGCUGUGCUAUCUCGGCCUGCUGCUGAUGCGGUAUACUGUCACGCUGGGGGACAUCCAUACGUGGGUUGAGGAGGGGGACUUGGUGUUUGUGCGGGCUAUCAAGGAGGUGCCGCCAACGAUGAGGGAGAAGCUUAGUGCCGAGUACUACACGGCCCUCGAGCCGAUGGGGAAACUGGCGAAGGGAAGGCUGUACAAGACUGUGCACAAGAUGGUUGCGCUCCUUCAUGAGAAGUUCGGGAUCACGUUUCCGCCCGUGAACAGGGAGCUGCUGCUGGGGCGGGUUAUCAAUGAUCUGGGAUUGCCAUUAGAGAUAUACACAGCGACCAAGCGCCUGGCGGACCUGCUCUACAUCACGCUCGAAUGGCCGUCCCUGCCAACAAAAGUGCAAGCCCACUACUGGCCAGAGGCAAAGUUCAUGUCCCUUGUUAUCGUGGCCGCGAAACUGUGCUACGGCCUGGACUCACACGUCCGCACGCCCCUCUCCGCCACCGAGCCCGCCGCCACCCAGGUGGACUGGGACGCGUGGGAGCGGUUCCUGCUUGCCGGAAACGGCGCACGGCUCGGUCCGCAGGCCUCUGGCGAGCCCGGCCGCGCUCGCCUGGCGAUCGACGUGAAGGAACACGACGUCUUUGACAUGCACGAGGACGAGCUGGACUGGUACCUGGACUGGUACGAGAAAACGUGGUGCGAUGACGCAGAGCUGGAGGGCGGCGAGAGCAGCAGACGAGGGAUCUCAAAAGGAAUCCUGAACCUCUUCCCCACCGCGCGCUCAGCGCUCACGCCCGCGCCACACCCCACUUCCACCCCACCGUCAGUAGCAGAGCGCCUAGCUACGCUGCACGCAACCACCACGCCCAUCCCCCCAUCCCCCGCCCCCAACCCCGCCCCCGACCUUACUACCAACCCCGCCCCAGCCCCGGGGGAACACUACCUCUGGUCCUCAACGGACGAGGAGCAGCCGCACGCACUGCGCACGCUGACGCAGGCGGCCGCAGACCUGCUGGCGCUCGAGCGCGAGGACUUGCAGAAGGUCGUCACGCAUGUGGAGAGACGGAUCAGGGAGCAGGUGCUGCAGGCUAGGAGGAGGAGGAGGAGGGAGGAGGCGGCGGCGACUGGGCAGUUGGAGGUUGUGUGAGGGGGAAUAAUGCAUUCUGGAUUGAGAUAUGGUCUGAGGUCUCUGGAAAGCCGUUUUGAGUGUU